AUGGAGUCGCUCGAUGUCUCGACUUUCGUUUAUUUCCACCUCGACAUGGACGUGCCUCAUACAUUCCGUAUCUUGGAUGUCCACCCAGGGCAGCGCGACGAUCCUUUACGCUGCACCCUGCGCCAUGUGUCCCAAGAAGAGGGGUCCCAGUGCAAAUAUGCAGGCCUCUCAUAUGCUUGGGGCGACCCAAGCGUCACGAGCGACAUCAUCGUGAACAACGCGAGGCACACCAUCACCAGAAAUCUGGAGAUAGCCCUCCGCGGCCUCAGGGACAGCAGCGCCACGCUCACGCUAUGGGUAGACGCCAUCUGCAUUAAUCAGAUGUAUAUACCCGAGAAGAACGACCAGGUCCGGCACAUGCAAACCAUUUACGCAAACGCUGACAGGAUCAUUCUCUGGCUAGGGGAGGCUUCCAGCGAGAGCGACAGAGCCAUCGCAUUCCUAAAGCACGUCUGUGCCCGACUAGAACAGGCCGGCAUCGUUCCGGAAGAGAGUCUCGACCCCCAGCGGUACGUGGAAAAAGAUUUCCUGCGCGGUCUCGGCGAUUAUCUGGAGCCGGCUUUCAACGACGACUGGGAAGCCGUGGCGCAACUGUUCAUGCGGCCCUGGUGGACUCGAGCCUAG